AUGACAGCAGUAGCGUUCAAAGUGAAAAGCAAGAAUGGUCAACAAGUUAUAAAAGAUUUGACCUCUGAUAGUACUGUUGGUGAACUAAAAACGUUUCUGUCUAGCAUUUCGGAUGUUAGCUUCGAGAGGAUUUGUGUGUUGUGUGGCUAUCCACCGAAACCCCUGGAUAUCAGUGACAAUAAUAAGAAAAUAAGUGAAAUAGGUCUGAAAACUGGCGAAACCCUAAUAGUUGAGGAGAAGGCUGGAGUGGCACCUCCACAGGCUGAGAAGUCUCCUGUAAAGAUCGAGAAAAAACCAGUGGAGAAUGGCGUAGGCUCUCAUGAGACUAUUGAGUCAUGUAGACCUGGCAUUUUGAUGAAGAAAGUUGUCCCUUCAGACAACUCAUGUCUUUUUACAAGUAUAGGUUUUGUAUUAAAUGGCAAUGUAGAUACAACGGUACACACACUCAUGCGACAGAUCAUUGCGAUGGAGGUGGCCAGCGACUUAGACACAUACAACGAAGCGAUGCUUGGGAAGCCAAACUCCGAGUACUGCGCCUGGAUUCAACAGCCGAGCUCAUGGGGAGGAGCUAUUGAGGUAGCAAUCCUAUCACGUUUCUACGGACUGGAAAUGGCUGUGGUGGAUACUUUAAAUGCAAUAAUAAAUAGAUUUGGUGAAGAUAAAAACUAUGGACAAAGAGUAUUUCUACUCUUCGAUGGAGUUCACUACGAUCCUUUAUAUUUAGAACAAUCUGAUGGAGGAAUCAAAACAGUUUUUCCUGCUGAAGAUAUGGAUGUUUACCAUGAAGCUGAACAACUAGCCCAUGAAGCGAAAUCAUCUAGACAAUUCACCGAUUUAAACAAGUUUACUCUCAAGUGUAUGAUCUGUGACAAGUUCUUGACUGGACAAGUUGAAGCCCAAAAGCACGCUAAAGAAACCAUGCAUACAUCUUUCGGAGAAGUCUAGCAUUUAAUUUAUAAACAUGUUAUUAUGUUUCUAGUUACAUUUUCUUGAGUUGUGUCCAUUUAUGUUUGGUAGCGAUUGCACAUAGAACUAAUUUUGUCAGAAAUAAAUAUAUUAAUGUUGUUAAUGAUGAAUAAUUAUUAUGUUGUACAAUUUAAAGUAUAGAACUAAUAUAAAAAAAUAUUUUUCAUACAACCUAGCUUAUUUAAGACAGUGAAAUUAUGGGUUUACCAAAUAAGAUUUUGAUAAUAAUUAAAUAGAUUUUAGAAUGCAAAGUAGUUAGUUUCUUGGGCAUUAGUGACUUGUGGAGUAGAGACAAAUAUCGCAAUUGACACUGCCUUAAUAGUAAAAAGUAUGGGUAUCAUUUGGUCACAAUUUUCGUACAUUUACAUGUGUAAGUUACUUAAAGUCAAGGCCGUUAAUUGAUAAGCCUCGUCGCUCGAAUAUAAAAUUAUGUUAGUUAUAUGAAAACGUCGUGAGUUUAGAAGAUGUUUUCAUAGUAUUUGGCACUAUGAGGCAUAAAGUUUGGCUAUUGUAGUAAAACCACGUAUUGACUCAGAAGCGUGUCUUGCGUGAAUUUAAAACUGCGUAGAUAAACACCCAAAGCUUAUGGCAAAAUUGGGAUCGAUAAUUGGUAACAGAUGUAGUAGAACUGUUUUAUAGCAAUAAAAUGCGUGUCGUCGUUGAAGUGACAAUAUCACUAACAUUCUUUAACAAAUCGACUAUACAAACUUGAAAUUCGAUUUCGCGUAGACUAAUCUUCUGAUAUUUCCUACGUAUUUUUUAUCGCUUUUUCUUCUCCUGUAAAAUAACAGUUAGGAUGUAUUGUCACUAAACGACGAUAUUUAGUUAUUAUUGAUUUAAUUUGGUUGUACCACAGAAUUCAAUGUGGAUUGGUCAUGACAAAAAACAGUUCCUACUAGUUUGAGAAAAAUCUCAUAGGCUAAAUAAAAUUGUUGCAAUAAUAAUUACAAGUGAAAUUUGUAAUGUGUGACUGACAUUUUAAUACAUAAAUUGUUGUUCUCUGCGUUUCGUGGUUAUCUGAGUUAAAUAAGAACAUGACUACAUUGCUUUUCAAAUUUUUCAACAUUUUUUGUCAACCAUUUAGAUCAAGCUUGUAGAUACUUUUUGGUGAAACUCUUAUUGUCAUAAAUUAUUUAAUUAAAACUGCGUUUCUACAAACAGAUCUAUUAUUUAAUUUAAUGUUCUUUUGAUCCUAUUAGUUCUGACCUUAUUUUUGUUGAGUGUAUUCGAUUUUAAACCUUACGCACCUGACAUAAAACCGCGUAUAUUUUUUGAAUCUGUACAUGGGUG